AUGAGCAACUCUACCUCAGUGGCCGCGAUAUUACUGCCGCCCUCGCGCACCAUGAGCACCAGCGUAGCUGACCUGUCGAGCGCAGUCUCGUCCACGCCCGUCGACACUACGCCCAGCUCCGCCCCCGUCGUGAUCUCCUCGACCUUCACAACACCGCCGCCAGAUUCAUCGACUCCACCGCCGCCGCAGAGCACGACGUCGCUGAGUCCCACUAGCACACGCACCAUCGAGCCGAGCACGACACGGACUACCACAUCCACACAGGUCGCUUCUUCAGAACCACCCACUACUAUCGUUCAGACGCGCUUUACCACCGUCUCGACAGAAACCAACGCAAAUGGACAGACUCAGCCGCCUGAAGUUGUCGUGAUCACACACACGACCGGUACGCCACAGACGAAUGGAGGUGGCGCUGCUACUACGUCGGCGAGCUCGUCCGCCGCUGCGCUAUCAGGAAACGGUGGCGGCUCGGGCGACUCAGGCGGUCUAGGCAAGACCGGCAUCACUGCCAUCGCGGUGGUCAUCCCGAUUGUGGUUGUCGCGAUUCUAGUCGGUCUCGGUAUCUUCUUAUGGCGGAAACGAAAGCAAAAGAAGGAGUCCGCGGACCAGAGGCGCAAGGAGGUUGAAGACUACAGCUAUAACCCGAACGGCGACCCUACAUUACCCGCAGUUGGCUCGGAAGUGGGCGGCGCGCAGAUGGCGGAAGACCACAGCAGCGGCUACAGAGGGUGGGGAGCAGCGACUGCCUCGAACCGAAAAGCCUCGACGACAUUAUCAGGCGGCCACACCCAGCAGCUCUCCGACUCGGGCAGCAAUGCGUAUGGCGGCCCCAGCCCGAACUCACCGGGCCAUUACUCUGACGGCCACAGCAGUGAUCCGAUCAUGAACAACAGAGAUACCAUGGGCAGCGAUGACCUCGGCGCACUCGGCGUCGCGCCAGCCGCAGGAGCAGGCGCAGGUGGCAUCCGUCGCGGUCCCUCUAAUGCCUCAUCCGCCUAUUCAGCGGGUGGGCGCUCAGAGCAUUCCGACGACGCUCCACCCGUCCCCAACAUCGGCCAAGCCUACGACUACCCGCAAGCUGGCUACGGCUAUGGCCAACACGGCCCUUACGGCGAUGGCUCGUACGGCGGCGGACCAGACGCCGGCAUGCCUGUCGUUAGAGACGUCUCGGCUCGGCGUAACACGAGGAUCAACCCAGGCGGCGCCUACCAGCAGGGCAAUUCGGGCAUUGCACAGAAUUUCUAG